UCUCGAGACAUUAAAUUAGGAGGUGGAGUGAGAACUGGAGCAGCGCCGGAGCAGCAGCGUUUCUUCUCCCUCCAUCAUAGCUGGAGCAGAGUCGAAAUAGCCACGAUUCUUCUCCUUCCAAAUUCGACGACGGUGUGAUGGGGAGAAGAAACGGGGGAAGGUCACUGCAUGGAACCCUCCGCCGUCGGCUGGAGUCGUGCAAGUCCAGUCACUCCACUGUCGAUGAUAUCGUUAACCACCUCCGCUCCACUUACCCCGAUUACCAACGCACCAAGCACCAAGCCCUCACUCGAUUAGUUCAACAAGUCCUCGAGCCACGUUCCAAACACGCGACCAAAGUCUCUGCCAAGCGCAGCGGCCACGAUGGCGACGAAGAAAGUGGUCGAAGCGCGCUCCGAAAGAGACAGAAGAGAGUCGACGAAGGUGAAACUCAGGGUUCUGCAUCUUCGUCCUCUGCUUCAAGCUUGAGCGCGUCUGGGAGCAGCAGCAGUGAGGAUGAUGAUGGCAGCACAGUGUCUGUUUCGACAUCGGAGGACGCAAAAUACCGGGAGAAGUACGAACCUGCUGUCGAUUUGAUGAAGACGAUGCUGCGGAAAGCGUAUACUCCCACGAAGGAUGAUAGUGCGAGGAAGAUGAAACACGUCGUGCAAGAUAAGAACGUUGAAAUGGAGGUCGCCAAUAGUGACAAGGCUACUAAUGAGAUUUGUGCUAAGAAUGGAGGCGGAGGCAAAGUGAAGGCGGCUUUGAAUUUGAAGGAUGGUGGUGGCAGCUUUGUUAAGGUGAAGGCAGGACCUAGGUUAAGUGAUUUGGGUGGGAUGAAGGAUCUUCUGGAAACGCUGGUGCAAGAAGUGAUUGUUCCAUGGUAUUAUCCUGAGCUUCCAAGAAAGCUAUGUCGUACUCCUACUACUGGAAUCUUGCUGCAUGGGCCACCCGGUUGUGGCAAGACCACACUGGCUCACGCCAUAGCAAAUGCGACCCGUGUUCCCUUCUAUCCGAUAUCAGCUACUGAGUUGGUUUCUGGAGUAUCGGGUGCAUCUGAAGAGAAUAUCAGAGAGCUUUUCGCUAAAGCGCAUCGGACUGCCCCAUCAAUCGUCUUCAUUGAUGAGAUUGAUUCAAUUGCUUCGAAAAGAGACAAUUUACAGCGAGAGAUGGAGAAAAGAAUUGUUACACAGUUACUUGCCUGCAUGGAUCAAUCAAGUAGGUGUAUGCAAUCCGCUAAUGAUUCGGACAGUUCUAAUGUUAAUCCUAGCUAUGUUCUUGUAAUUGGAGCUACAAAUAGGCCUGAUGCUCUUGACUCGGCCUUGAGAAGGCCUGGGCGGUUUGAUCGGGAGUUUGUUCUUGACAUUCCUGAUGAAUCAUCGAGAGAACAUAUCCUCUCUUUGCUCACUCGCAAUCUUCCACUUCAGGGUUCAUUGGAUCUAAAAGACAUAGCCAGGUCUACACCAGGAUAUGUCGGUGCUGAUUUGGCAGCCUUGAUUACGGGGGCGUGUAAUUUGGCCAUGAAGAGAAUUAUUUCCAAAAGGAUAGGGAAACAUGAGACAAUUGAUCUUGAAGACUGGUGGAGGUGGGGCGAACCUUGGCCUCUUGAAGAUAUGGAUAAGCUUGUCUACACAAUGUCUGAUUUCCAGGAAGCUUUGAAAAUUGUGCAACCUUCAUUAAAAAGAGAGGGCUUCUCAUCCAUUCCCGAUGAGAAAUGGGAAGAUGUUGGCGGCCUUGAUUAUUUAAGGAAGGAGUUUAAAAAUAGAAUAAUAAGGCCGAUAAAAUAUCCUGAGGUUUAUCAGGCAUCUAGGUUUGCAAAUCAGACGGGAAUUUUGCUUUUUGGGCCCCCUGGUUGUGGUAAAACUCUUAUUGCCAAAGCUGUUGCCAAUGAGGCAGGAGUUAAUUUUAUUCAUAUUAAGGGGCCUGAGCUCUUAAAUAAAUUUGUUGGAGAAAGUGAGCGAGAAGUUCGACUGCAGUUUAGUCGGGCAAGGGCAUGCUCACCCUGUAUAUUAUUUUUUGAUGAGGUGGAUGCUUUGGCAACCAAACGUGGUGCAGAAGGUGGAUCAGGCAUUGAACGAGUAGUGGAUCAGUUACUAAUUGAGCUAGACGGUGCGGGGAAACGCCAAAAUGUUUUUGUCAUUGGUGCAACAAAUAGGCCUGAUAGGAUGGAUGAGGCUCUCCUCCGUCCUGGUAGAUUUGGUAAACUACUUUACGUUCCUCUGCCAAGCGCUGACCAGCGGUUUUCAAUAUUGAAAGCUCAUUUAAGGAAGGAGCCUGUUGAUCCUACUGUGGAUCUGAGAGCCAUAGCUGAAGCGUGUGAAAAUUUUAGUGGUGCAGACCUUGCUGAAUUGGUGGAUGAAACAACUCGUGCUGCUCUUGAUGAGAAAUUCACCCCAGUUGAAGAAGCUUUGAACUCAGUUGAAGCUUCUAGUGAUUAUACUUGCAAGCCAAGACAUUUUGAUAUAGCACUUAGUAAUGUCUUUCCCUCUGUGUCUCCGGCGAAAAGGCGUAGGUAUGAGCGCUUGGCAAAGCGUUUUAAAGCAUCACGAGGAUCAUGACACUGGUUGUUUUAGGAGAUAUAAUCCUUCCUCUUCUAGUCGACUUAAACUUAAGCACUACAAGAAAAUGUGUAUUAAAAUAUUUUUUAGCUGGAAUAUUUUUAAGUUUUAACACUUAUUUCAGGUUAUUUUUUUGUGAUAAUAUAUUAUUAAUAUUUGAAAGUUAGUAACUAUUUAAAGUUAUAAUUGAAAAA